CCCACCCCUCCCACCCCAACUGCUAUAUAAAUUCUCACUACCCAUUCCAUUUUCCCACUCUGUACAAAUUCCAUUUUCUAAAUUCCAGAAACUUCGUACAAAUAUUACCACACAAAUGGGUGAGAAGAAUAAGAAGAAUGAAGGAGGAGAAAAGAAGAAGGAAGGAGGAGGAGAGAAUAAGAAGGAUGGAAACUUAACCAUUGUUAUGAAAUCAGAUUUUCAUUGUGAAGGAUGUGUUACUAAAGUUGUCAAAGCCAUUCGAAGUGUUGGAGGUGUGGAGAAAGUUACGUGCGAUAUAGAUUCGAAGAAACUAACUGUGAUUGGUAAAGUUGAUCCGGUGAUGUUACGAGAGAAAGUUGAACAGAAAACACACAAGAAUGUUGAACUUGUUUCUCCGAUACCUAAAAAGGACGGUAAGGGAAAGGGAGGCGGCGACAAUGGCGCCUCCGGAGGAGAAGAGAAGAAGAAGAAGGAGGAGGAAAAGGAUUCGAAGGAGAACAAAGGAGGAGAAGAUAAAAAAAAGACCAAAGAGAAAGAGCCUCCGAUCACCACCGCAGUGUUGAAGUUGCAUCUCCAUUGUCAAGGAUGUAUUCAGAAAAUCUACAAAAUCGUCACCAAAUUCAAAGGGUACAAGGAGAUGAAAGUAGACAAGCAAAAGGAUUUGGUGACUGUGACCGGGUCGAUGGACAUGAAGGCGUUGGCUGAGACGUUGAAGAAGCAUUUGAAGAAGGAAGUCGAGAUUGUCCCGCCUAAGAAGGAAGGCGGAGAGAAGAAAGAGAAAGGCGGUGGUGAUAACGGUGGUGGUGGUGGUGAAAACGGAAAAGGUGGUGGCAAAGGUAAAGGUAAAGGCGGUGAAGGCAAUGGCGAAGGGAAAGGUAAGGUGAAGGAUGAGACAGUAGACGGAGGCGCUGGCGUUGGUGGUGGUGGUGGUGGUAACGUAGCUAAUGGAAUGCAAUUGAUGCAGCAACAAGUACAAUUCGGGUAUCCAUACCCGUAUAUGUACGGACCAGUUGGACCGGUUUAUCCAGCCGACCAGUUCCACAACCCGUACCCGGUUACGGUUCAUGCCCCUCAGCUCUUUAGUGAUGAAAAUCCAAAUGCUUGCAGUGUUAUGUGACAUGAUCAUGAGAAUGGAAAAUGAUCAAUCCAACUCUUUUUGCUAGUAAGGUUUAUGAUGAUAAUAACUUUAAAGAAAAUCAAAGCUGAAACUUGUAGAUAAAGAGAAAGGGCCUAGUAGUUUUAAUUAUUAAUUAUUACUAUUAUAAUCAUAAUAUGUAUGUAAUUAGGUUCUAAAACUAGUAGUAGUUUUUAAUGUGGCCUUUCCCACUACUAGUUGUGGCUUAGUUUUGAACUUUUUGGUUUUUGCAUGUUAAUUUAGUUAAUGACUAUGUAAGGUUUAGUUGAAGCCAUUUUAUUGUUGGUGCAUUAUAUCUA